AUGCAGGAUUUGGGGAAGAAGUACGGGCAGUGCAGAGGGACUAGAUUCCCUCGAAUGUUGAAUUGGAGCACCCCCAACACAGUUACGAAACAUGAUGUCAAGCAACUCGAUGUCGCUACCCUAUUCGAGAAGAGGAGGUUGGAGAAGGUAGAAGCGCAACAAGUUGCGAUUCUCACUGCCUGCAUCGAGAUGAAGGCUGACUUCAAGAGAACGACCUUCGGAGUCGACACAACCAUCGUGGCGGCACGACAAAGAAUCGGACCCCACACCAUCGGACACGGCGAGCCAUUACGGACGGUACAUCCAUCACCGCCGACAUAUGAUGAUGAUGAUGAUGUCUACCCAGAAGAUUGGCAACCUGACGCAUGUGACGUUCCUUCUACUCCUGCAAACGCCAUUGUCAUUUCGCUGGGUGAUACUGAAUCUCAGGAUGUGGAAGAGUUGCAGGGGCCACCAGAUGGAGUGGAGUUCUGUAGGCUUAGGCGAAAGCGCAAGCCGGUUUUCUUGAAUGACUACACUGCUGGGAAGAAGAAACAACGACAAGGGCCCGUGGUAGUAGACACCCUGAAACCGGCGGACGCCCGGCUGUUAAAAUUUUUCCAGAAGUGGAUCACUUAUGCUAGGGACAAUGGCCGUCCUAGGGAUGUUCACACUGGCGAAGCCACUAGAUCGUGGUUCGUGAAGUUGAUGGUGCUCAACGAAUGGCUCGAAGAUGCUCAAAUUGAUGCCAUGGCGCACUUAUUGAGAAGAAGACGGACCCUGUACCCAGAAGUCUACACCCGAAAAGGUGUAGUUUUGGACACAUCUGCUCCACAGUUCUUUUCCAUGUUUUGGAAUAUGUGUGAGGGUGACAGAGCAAGAUCAAAUGGGAUGAGAGCGUCAUGA